AUGUUAUCAAAUUGGUAUAAUUUGAAUGGUCCAAUAGGUAGCGGAAAGACAACUAUAUUUAAAGACAUUAUUGCACAUGCAUUGGCAAAAGAUAUUCCAAUUUUUGGCUUUUAUCAGCCAUUAUUAAAAGAAAAAGGAGUUAGAAAGGGAUACGAUAUUGUAGUAUUCGGAAAUGGCAAAGAAGAAAGAUUUCCAUUCGUAAGACCUCGUGAAAGAGUGAGAGAAGAUGGAAUGCUUUGGAAGUUUGAUCAAAAUGCUCUUUCUAAUACCAAAAACUUCUUUGACUCAAUGAAAUUACCAAGUAAGCGUUCAAUCAUCAUUUUUGACGAAUUUGGCCGCUUAGAAUCGAAAGGAAAAGGUCAAUGGAGUAAUUAUCAAUUCCUUUUGACGAAAUUAACCUCAAAUGGCAUCAAAUCAUCAUCAAUUAUAUCAUCACGCAAUCAAACUCUUGACAAUUUAAGAUCAUCAAUGAAAAGCAUCGGAUUUGGAAAAGAAACAUCACAGAUCAACUUACCAGCAUCUAAAAACCACAUUGAUACCUUUAUUAAAACUAUUUUAGAAGAUCCAAUGAUUUGA